GUCCUCGAUAGUUCCAGACGUAGAGUCAGUUCGUGCAGAGGAGAGGCCAGACUUCAUCACUCUUCCGGUGUCAUAGACGUAGGACUUCCACUAUGUUUUUGUUAUUAUUUAUUAUUUUUGAGUUAGACAUUUAUCUAUUUCGUCUUUAGUUGGGAUUUUUAUUAGGGGUCCACAUGGUAUGGAUUCCCAAGUUGUACUUCGGAGAUUUAUUAUUAUUAUGGGAUUUUAUUAGAGAUUAUGUUAUUAGAGGUUUUGUUACUUAAUUAUUGAUUUAGUUUUCCCUUUUAGCGUUUAUUUUAUUAUUAUUUUUCCUCUUGUAUUCUGUGCUUACUUAUUAUUGAUUGGCUGAUAUCCCCUGAUUUUGUGCGCGGACUUGAUUAACCCGCGUUCCGAAAUUUAGGGGUAUCGCAGUUGGUAUCAGAUCUCUCCAGGUUCAAGUGUUUCUUGGGUUCGUUCGUAUUAGACUUCCGCGUAGCGUAUUCUAUUAUUAGAGCUUAUGUAUAGGAUUCAUUGUAUUCCUUUACGGUUCGCUUAAAUCAUACUAAUGUUUAUCUUUCGUGUUAACAAAAUGGUUAAUGCUGGAAGAAGAUGGGAAAGACAAUAGAGGAGAGCGGUGUAUAGACAACAGGAUCGUCUGCGACGUCAGCAGGUUGCAUAGGAGCAACAACUGCCUAGAUUUCAGGAGAAGGAGGAGCAACAAUAAACUCAGGAGCCUCGAGAUCAGAACGAACAUCAAGGCAGGUAUCCCGAGUAUCCUGCUUAGUUAGUUGACAUCAUUGCUCAGGCUGUAGCAACAGGUGUAGCAGCUGCACUCCAGAAUCAGCCACAGGUUCAGCAGGCACCUGUGCCAAUACCGGUAGUUCAAUCUAGUCCUUGGGAGAAGGCUACAAGUUCUUUUACAAAGGGGAGCCCACCUCAGUUCUCAGGCUCCACAGAUUUGAGUGUGGCUUAUUAGUGGAAGAAGGAUAUAUAGCGUCAUCUUCGCCUGGUUGAGUGCACGGAGGUGCAGAAACAGAUGCUUGCUACCUUCAAGCUUAUUGGGGAUGCACUCCAGUGGUGGAAGUCAGUUACCACUGUAGAGGAGAGGACUUCAUUAACUUAUGAUCAAUUUGGUGCUCGCUUUGAUGAGACGUAUUUUCCAUAUGCAAUCAGAGCAGCUAUGAAGAAGGAGUUUCUUAACUUAGAUCUGGGGAACAUGACAGUAGUAGAGUAUGAGCCGCAGUUUACACGCUUAUCUCUAUUUAUUCCAGAAGAGGUGGAUACCGAGAUGAAGAAACGUACUAGCUUUGUUAAGGGCUGACCUGGUCGAUUAAGCGAGUCAUUACAGGUAGUCCAGCCUACACUACUUAUGCUCAGGUGGUGGACGUCGCUUUACAGCUUUAUCAGUUGAAUGUGGAAUUCAGACAGACUAGGGGUGAGAAGCGGGGUGACAGAGACUUUGUUAAUCAGCCAGCUGAGAAAGGAUAUGGUAAUGGGCAUUGACAGAAUGAUAAGGGCAGAUUUCAAGGACAGUAGCCUUAGAAGAAGCACAAGAAUAAUUUAGAUGCUCAGAGAGAUAGGGCACUUAUUCAGAGGCAGCAGAAUGGGGCACCACAAACAGUACAGAGUCAACCUCAGGGUAACCAGCACAAGAAACAAUUUGGUCCUUUCAAAGGCUUUUGUUAUGGUUGUGGAGAGCUCAGACACACAGCUAAGAGGUGUCCCAAGGCUAUGCAGGGACAUCAUGUGCAGUAGGGGCAGUGACCACCAUUUCCCUUACCUGCUCCAUAGGUGCCACGCAUUCAGGGACAGGUGUUCCCGGCUUUACCAGUGCCAUCGCCACCACAGGGGCAGGCAUCGCAGCAGUUGCACUAUGGCAGAGUGUAUAACCACAUGCCACAGGACGUUCAGACUUCUCAAGCUAUUGAGGGUCCUCGAUAGUUCCAGGCGUAGAAUCAGUUCGUGCAGAGGAGAGGCCAGACUUCAUCACUCUUCCGGUGUCAUAGACAUAGGACCUCCAUUAUGUUUUUGUUAAUUUUUUUAUUAUUUUUGAGUUAGACAUUUAUCUAUUUCGUCUUUAGUUGGAAUUUUUAUUAGAGGUCCACAUGGUAUGGAUUCCCAAGUUGUACUCUGGAGAUUUAUUCUUAUUAUGGGAUUUUAUUGGAGAUUAUGUUAUUAGAGGUUUUGCUACUUAAUUAUUGAUUUAGUUUUCCUUUUCA